CUAUAAUCUCCUGACCUGCUAGAACUGCUGUAUAAUACCAUAAGCCCUCAUAGAAGAAUUUCAUUUUCAAGCUUAGAUCUGGCUAAGGUGCAUGCUCUUCGUCCGCGACAUGGCUUCCUUACUCCCUUGGCCGUUCUCCAUACUCUCCGGGUCAGAGCCUGAAAAGGCUGACAAUGACAAGAAAGGCCUGCAACGCGAGAAAUCUGUGUCUAAGUUGCUGCAACACUAUGAGGCUAACGGCAAGCCCCCACCAUCUGCUCGCGUGGAUCCAAAAGUGAAACAACAGGAGAGCCAACCGUUCAGUAUAUGGGACCUCUGGAAGUAUGGUGCAUUCGCCGCCACAAAAACUAAAGACAUCGUCGGCGAUGUUAUAGCCCACCAGUUAUGGGGUCCUCGGAGGAAGUCGUGGGGCAUUGAAAUGACACUGCUGACCAGCUUCAUGCGGAAUGCUGGUAAGCACUCGCAGCUAGUGGACAUCGCGACCAUCCGCAUGCUCAUGAGCAUUGGGGGGUUGGCGCCCUUGCCCUCGGACGCUCUUGUUACCCCCGUGACCUUCCGCGUCAAGAAGCGCAAACUACGGGGAAUUCUUGCUGAGUACGACGAAGCCGAGGAUGGCACACGUGAGCUGUCCGGCGAGUGGGUGGUCGGGAAGAAGCUCUGGAAGAGGUUGCAGGCUGAAUGGAAGCUCUCGCGCAAGAAGAGCUCCGGUUCGACUUCGUCGGAACCUGAUUUAAACCAGCCUAAGCGUAAAGAAAGGGUCAUACUUUACUUGCAUGGAGGCGCCUACUAUGUGUUUAGUGCAGCUACACAUCGCCUAAUAACUAUACCCCUCUCUAAAUAUAGCGAUGCUAGAGUCUUUGCAAUCGACUACCGGCUUGCUCCUGAAACUCGCUUCCCUGGUCCUUUGCAUGAUGCAGUGUCCGCCUAUUUCAGGCUGAUCGACGAUCUGCAUAUCCCGCCCGAGAACAUUUUAAUUGCCGGUGAUAGCGCUGGUGGGGGUUUGACCCUUGCUCUCCUCAUGUACCUGCGGGACAACAACUACCCACUCCCGGCCGCUGCAAUCUGCUUCUCCCCAUGGGUCGAUCUUACCAUGAGCUGUGAAUCCUGGGACACCAACGCAGAGUUCGAUGUAGUCCCGAGACCGAAUUUGGGCGACCACCUCGACCCGGUAGCUUGCUACCUGGGAGAGCAUAUGGAAAGAUAUUUGACGCAUCCAUAUGCCAGUCCGCUGUUCGGAGACUUCAAGGGUCUUCCCCCUUUGCUCGUGACAGCUGGAGACGCAGAAGUCCUCCGGGACGAAAUCACACUGCUCGCGCACAAAGCAAGUUUAGCGGGUGUUGAAGUCCGACAUGAGUUGUAUGAGGACGCUAUCCACGUGUUUCAGAUGUUCCCGUUCUUCGACGCUACCCGCAAAUCCUUCGAAUCGUGCCGUGAAUUUGUCCGCGACGUCAUGCAGGCACAUACACCUCAGUUCUUGGACGAGGCGGCAGAAGCCGAGCUCGAGCAAGAGAUCGACAACGACAAGGCGCGCAUGGUCCGGGGUGACGGUCUCGAGACCUCUGCGCCUACCCAUGACGUGGAGAAGGAAAAGCGCGACGCGGAGGCGCGCGCGGAAGCUGAAGCACGGUCGAGCGACGAGGAUCCAAGCUGGGGGCCGACCAAGGAGUCGCCGUGGCCGUCUCCGCCAGCGACUGACGAGGAGGACGGCAGUGACACCGAGGCGCCCGGCGGCAAAGGGCGGGCAACGACGCCUUCCAGUGGUCGCGGGACCCCAUCCAAGAGCCGCUUGCGUCGCAUUGGGUCUGCGUUGUCGUUCCUGGGCGAGAAAGCGGCGCGGAACCACCAUCGAACUCUGUCCAAUCGGUCACAUAGGGACCCCACGGAUGACGAGGAGAACGACCACCAUCAGUCGUCCAAGUUCCAUGUCCCACAUCCUCACGUGCGUAUGUCGGCCUUCAAUAUCACUCCAUCUACGGUGAGACCGCCCAAGCCGUCCAUACGACGGUCGACUUCGAGCCAUGCCGAUAUCUCCACCCUCUGCAAACAGUGGGAGACGUCGGGGCCAGCUAAUAGGACUGUCAGCUUCAGGCAUGCCGACGGUGGUCCCUCCGGGGGCCGGUCCAAGUCUAAAUCCUUCUCUCUUACGGGAAGAUAAGGAUUUCGGCAUUUCUCACUUUCACGCACGUAUACCUUCCUGCCAGUAUUCAUGCUACCUGUCAUCUCUGUAAUCUCACGGACUGGUUGUAUAGCAUCAUCUCUCGCAUUCACUAUUGCAAUACGGACAGAACAUCCA